GUUCUGAACUUGUUUACAGAAGAUCGGAAACAUCACGAGGAGGAACAAAAACAGAGAGACAGCAAAAAUAAACUUCUUACGAGUCAAGUGGCCCACUACCCGGGCUGCAGGCUGAAGACAGAAAAAAACGACAAAGAUGAGGAUGAAGAUGUUCAUGUUGUGGAGGCUGAGAAAAUACAGGAAUCACGUGUCCCCAGGGAGGUGCAGAAGAUUGAAGUCAAGAAAGUCCCUGAGGACUCACUGGAGAAAUAUGUCAUCACUCGUUCAAAUAGCUACGGCCCUACUGACUCCAGCCAGCCUCACGGAGACACCAAUGAAAUCACAUUUGAGGAAGACAACGUCCACUCUGCGCUGGUUGUAGAGAGUGAAUCAUCUCAUGAUGUGGUGGAGGAUGCUCUAAUUAUUCUUUCAGGUGACCUCUACAUUCGUUGUUUUUGGAAUCUGCAGGAGUCUGUAGAGGAGGAAGCCCUCCAGGAGUCCUGGGAUGAAGGUUAUUCGACUCUCUCAAUUCCUCCUGGCACAUCUGCCUUCAAUGAGUCUUACAGGAGCAACUUGCAGUCAUUAGAGGAGCAGCAAGUCAACUUGGCUGUCGACAUAGGCAGCUCAGCAUGGAGCUGGUGGAAGCAGAAGAGCCUGAAGUCUUCUGGUACUCACUGGAUAUAUUGUGUUCAACAUAUACAGCGUAUCUUGAGUUUUAUUACACAUGCCAGGCUUACACAUAUGCCAUUUUUUUAUUUGUAGAAGAGCAUGUUCACUUGACUUUGGACAUGGACAGUAGGUUUCAUACUAUGACGGUGAUAAGACUCAACCUGGUCUCCCGGAUAGGGGUCAUAUUCCCACACUAAGGCAACAUGUCACAUGGGACUCUGCCAGUGCAGAGUAUGAACAAUGCCAUGUUCUUGCUAAAAACACUUAGCCUGAGUUUCAUAGCCUGAGAUAAUCUCCAGACAACUUCAGAAUGUAGAACAGUGAGCAGCACUACUGACCUGUCUCCUUCAGACAGCCCAUGUCACCACAAAUCACACAACUAAAAGAAGAGACAUUUUGGGUUGAAAAAGAGUAAAAAGAUAAUGUAGCCACAUUUCUUUAGUUCUUUUGAACCCAAAGUGUCUCCUCAUCUUUUUGUUGUUGUCGUUGAUGGUGGUGACAUGGGCUUGUUUGUAGAGGACAGGUCAGCUGUCUGGCUCAAUGGUCUGUACUCUGAAGUUGUCUGAAAAUGUCCUCCUGAUUAAAUUCAGCCUAAGCGUUUUUCCGGGAACACUGCAGGGUCAAUGCUACCUCACCCAUCUGCAGGUAGAGACAGUCCCAUGUGUCUACCACCAUAAUCGUGAUACCAGGACUGUUCCACCAUUUGUCUACCACCACGAUCGUGAUGCCAUGACUGUUCCACCAUCUGUCUGUCAUCAUGAUCGUGAUACCAGGACUGUUCCAUCAUCUGUCUAUCACCAUGAUCGUGAUACCAGGACUGUUCCACGAUUUGUCUAUCACCAUGACCAUGAUACCAGGACUGUUCCACGAUUUGUCUAUCAUCAUGAUCGUGAUACCAGGACUGUUCCACCAUUUGUCUAUCACCAUGAUCGUGAUAUCAGGACUGUUCCACGAUUUGUCUAUCACCAUGAUCGUGAUGCCAGAUCUGUACCUUUCAGAGACACAUUAUUUAUACUGAAUGGUUU